AUGGCUGAGGCGUCUGCAACUAAAGGAACCCAUGAGGUUGUUCUGAACGUCAAUGGCAAAUCCAAUAAUAAUGAAGAUUCCUGCGUCUGCCUCUUGGUCCCUUUCUUGCAGAAGUUGGUGGCGGAAUUCGUCGGGACAUUCUUUCUGAUGUUUGCAGGCGAAGCAUCCGAGGUGGUGGACGUGGGCUACGGCAACAAAAUAACGCUUACUGGGAUUGCCGUAGUUUGGGGUCUCGCCGUUUUAGUUCUCGUCUACGCCGUUAGUCACAUCUCCGGCGCCCAUUUCAAUCCCGCCGUCACCCUCGCUUUUGCUUCUACCGGACGAUUCCCCCUCAUACAGGUACCGGCUUAUAUAUCAGUUCAGAUUCUGGCAUCCAUUCUUGCGAGCGGGACUCUGAGGCUCAUUUUCACAGGAACCCAUGACCACUUCGCAGGAACACUAUUAUCUGGGACGCAUCUUCAAGGUUUUGUGGUUGAGUUCAUCAUCACCUUCUACAUCAUGCUUGUUAAGUAUUCUACCAGUGGUGUGGCCACAGAUAACAAAACGAUGAGUCAGGUGGCUGGUCUGGCGGUAGGGUCAACCAUGUUGCUCAAUGUGAUGUUUGCCGGGCCGGUGACCGGGGCGUCCAUGAAUCCGGCGAGAAGCUUAGGGCCGGCAAUAGUGUGGCGCCAAUAUAAAGGAAUAUGGGUGUACAUGACAGCGCCGGUGGCCGGAGCAGUGGCAGGAGCAUGGGUGUAUAACAUCAUGAUAUAUACAAACAAGCCAAUGCGAGAAAUCACAAAGAGUGCUUCUUUCGUGAAAGCUUCAAAUGUGAUUCCUUCAAGUGAUUUUGAUUCACUAACACAUUCAUCAUUUAAAUAA